AUGGCUCUUCGCAAGGCCACCUCUAAGCGAACAAAAUCGGGUGCUCCGGUUUCGCCACUGGAAAUGGAACCACUUGCACGCACCAUGAGUGGUCGUCAACGACGACCAACUGAAAAAGCAAGCUACCAAGGGUUGGAAUUACAACAGGUCAUCCACCGUCAAGCAAGGAAGCAAGAUAAGUUAAAAAAAUGGCAAAAAAAGGUGCUGAAGACGGCCUAUCAAAAUGAUCCCGACCAUUUUGAAAAAGAGCCGUCAGUACUGCUUAGCAACAUCGACAAGGAGGAGGACACCAUGUUCUCAGAUCACAGUGUGCAGACGAAGCUGUCAAAACCCAAGCUUCUGACUUUCAGUAUGGGGAAGAUUCCCAAAGCGUCACGCACCACCACUCCCACAACCAGUGCGCGCAAGUCGACAAAGGGUCCGAAAGCUAAAAGAGUAGUUCCACCAAGUGAUAGGGACUUGGAUGGCACUUCGGACGGCACUUCUACUACCUCGGAUGAGGAUGGCGACACUGCCAUGGAAUCAUCAAUGGCUGCUCGGGGGACAAAACGAUGUCUCGAUACCGCGCCAGAAGACGCUAUGAUAAGGCCGAAAAUCAAGAAAGAAUUGGACGGUUCCUGUCUGAAAGUCAGUGACUUUGAUGACAUCUCAAAAGAAGUUCUCGUAAUGGCGGUGUCCAUUUUCCGGUGCCUACUCGUCAUGCAUGCUCCAUUUCCUGACACCAUAGCUGUUGAGAUGAAACUCGCGAAGGAGGCCUGGAACGAGUCGUGCAAAAUAAAAGGCGCCAACAUCAAAUUAACUCCUUCAGCAAUGAAAAUGGAGGUUAUAAGGCACAACCGUGAUCAGGCCAAAUCCUUGAAAGAGGGUUCCUCAUUUGUUUUCAAGGAUUGGACAUCGAAGACUGGGAUCUACAAGACCAAAUUACUGCAAGAAGGCAUCAACAUCAUGUGGUUCGCAAACCGAAAUGACGAAGGUAUUAUCUACUACAAGUAUUUCAACCCCAUACCUACCGAAGUCCGUUGCACUCGUUCUGACAGCCGUGAGUCACAUCCCAUCGAGUGUUGCAUUGACAAGUGGGCUCAAGGUCUCAAGGAAGAUAUCAAAUUCACAUCAGCUACCUACGGUUCUGUCUACAAAGGUCAUUUGGCCUCGUUGCAGCGCUUCCAACAACACACAGCGCCUUAUAAACUUCUCGAGAAGAUUUGUGACAAUCUCCAUGACACAGCUCGCUUCCAUGCUGGUGUCGAGCCACUUGCUAUGAUAUCGGCUGCACCCCACCAGAUUAACGACAACACAUUUGAAGAUGCAAUCCGAGAAUACCAGCUUGAAGAGCAGGACAAUGUGGAGGAUAACGAGAUUGCUGCCGCUGUUGUAGUGACCACUUACAUUGGGGCAAGAGGUCGAACUGAUCUGGAGGCAACGUUGGUCACUCAUGACCGUUCUGUAUCUUUGUGUGCGCUAUCUUGGAAUGUUGUUUACUUUCACGAACAUACCGUACAGGGUUCCAACAAUCUUGUUGACAGACGCAGUGGGUCUUUUGCACUGAUGCCCGCUCCCCCCCUUCAAUUAACCGUGGCGCCCUGUAGACAUGUGAGCUGGAUUGUGUUCGUCAUAUGGGAUUGGGCAUAUGCUGUGGCAUUUGCAAUGCUGGAGGUCAUCAUGAUAGCUCGGUUACAUGCCAUGUAUCAACGAUCCAGAAAGAUCCUGAUACUUCUCGUUGUCACCUUCCUGGCUUUCAACCUUUUCAAUGGGAUGGUAAUGGUAAUGGAAACGGUGCAAGGUUCAGGGGAGGAGCUGAUCCUCUCUGGCACCUAUCAGUGCACGGUCGUCUACGCGGAAGAUACCCUGCUUCUGGAUGGCAUUGCUUGGAUACUUGUCACUGUGUGGGAGGUCUUCGCACUGUGUCUCGCAGUCUGGAUUGCUGGAAAACACUUCCGUGAAAUGCGACAACAUUCGGCAGGAGGAAUUGUUGGGGACUGUUUCAGGGUGUUGAUGAAAACUCACAUGUUUUACUUUGCGAGCUUUGUUGCUGUUUGUUGUCUUAGCCUCAUAGAUUCGUCUUCAGUAUGCCAGUCUGUCACUGACCCCUAUAUGCGGCCACAGUUCAUCAUUUCUAUAGGGCCAAUAUUAUCCCCUGGAAUGGUCGUUUCUUCUCAAAUUUUACAGGUCGUGCAGAUGGUUGUGUUGGGACCCCGCCUGAUCCUUGGAGUUCGAGAAUAUCACGCGAAGCUCGUGGCUGACUCUGACGCAGCAACGGGCAUGACCUCAAUCGCUUUCCAGGAGCGCGUGCAUAUAUCGACCGGCAAUGGUGUGUAGCACGGGAGAUGCUAGAUGAAGUUGACGGUUGUCUGGUGCUCUGGAGGGAGUAG